GAAGUGCGACACUGGAGGAGGUAGUAAUUGAGGCGCAUUCAAUGCAAAACACAAAUUGACGAAUUUUGAUGGGGAUUUUUUGUUAUUUAAUUUAGAUUUGAUGCACCAGUGUAUCAAUCGACUCUAGGGGAUUCUUACAUGCGGGACUUUUAAUUUGAACAUUUCCGACGUUCCCCUGACACGGAAGUACUUUUUUUUAGUGUUGCUGACGAGACGCUGAUAUAGUAUAGUAUUUCUGAACUGGAGCUAGUGUGCAUAGCCAGCAAAGAAGUUUUGAAAGUGAUAACAGUAGCUACUGUUUUUGAAACCAUCUAAAUAUAUGUGCCACGGAAGUAGGUAUUGUAAAUGCACAACUACAGCGCAUUUCUUGAUAACUUCAUACUUUCAGCUAGCUAACGUAGUUAUGCGUCAUAGUACAGGUAAACUGGCUAGCUAACUAAUCUGUCUAGCUUGGUAAAGUUAGUCUAGAUAACGUUAGCUAUCUAAAUUAGUAUGUCAGCUGUACCGUUAAUUAGACAAGCACAUAUGUAGCCAACCAUAUUUGAUGUUAACUGGCUACUUCGUAAAGGUUAGUAGCUAGUUAUGUAACGUUAUUUAGUUAGCAAUAUGUUCGGUCAUCAACAACGCCUCCAACAGCAGCAACGUAUUUGGCAGCUUCCACAACAUCUCCAACAACGCCAGCAGCGACAAACAACCCAACUCAUGCCAUCCCAACUUCCACACCAGCACCAAAUGAACCGACCACCACCACCUAGUAUGAUCUACCUCUGCCCAGUUCCCCGGGCCUCUCUCCUUGUCACCAACCCCAUGCUGCAAGGGGCACUGCUCAUGCAACAACCGAUGCGAGGUAACAUGCGAGGCUUGGCCAUGGGUAGUGGGCUACCCUUUACUUCAUUUUUGUCUGAGGGGACAAGGCAAUCUCUCCUUGGACCGGCUCCUAUUCCCCAAGUGGGAUUGUUCGCAUCAGGACCCAAUCAUUCCCUUACACACUUUUUAAACAAGGACAUUCGUGUUAGGAAGAGGAAGAAGGAACAGACAGGAAGUGCUGGGGGCCAGCUGAGCUCCAGCAGUGCAGAGGGGCUAGGGGAGAGGGAUGAUAGGACUCCCAAUACAGAGAUGCAGGAAGCGGAAUCAGUUGGACAAUUCUUUGCAAAGCAACAGGAGCCUGAGAUGAAGAAGCAGAAGAUGAAUGGGUCAGAAGAGCCUGUGAAUAUAAAAAUUGGACCAGAGGCAGUCCAGAAGUCUGAUAAUGAAAUGUCAACAGAUGUACCUCAGCCUGUAGAUAUCUCUGCUCUCGAGUACAGAGGAGGAAGCACUUCCAUUAAAGUGGCGGAAGAAUGUUGCAAAGAAAGUAUAACAGCUGAACAUGUUCUGGGGGUAGGCACAUCCCUGAAAGUCACCAUCCAGCAGAGCAGCGAGAGCCGGGCGUUCAGCACAGGCAUAGAGGAGUUGGCUGCAGCAACAGCCACGGGGAACCCCUGUGGUGUAGGGGGACAGGGUGAGGACAGUGACAGAGGAGCUGCGACUGACAGCCACUACUGCUACAUCUGCAGCAACCCCUACCACAACCAGCAGAAUUUCCAGAACCAUAUGAACGGAUUGGAACAUCAACAGCGUAUGAUGGAGAUUCAGCAAGUGAGCAAUGCCUGUCUGGUCAAUCUAUUACCACGGGUUGGCGACUCUCUACAGGGUACACACAAAGUCGGGGGCAAAAAGCCAGCAGGGGUGCAGCGCUGGUGUGCAACCUGCCAAACACACUUUACCGGCGACCUCCUCGAGCACCGGAGGACCAAGGAGCACAAGCUAUCAAAGCAGUCCUCACGUCCCUUCUGCACCGUCUGCACUCGCCAGUUCAGGACGCCACGGAAGUUUGUGGAGCACAUGAAGUCCCGAGAACACAAGCGGAAUGUGGAGGAGCUCCAGGAGGAAGGAGAGUCAGAGGUCAUUGAAGAACUCAUCACUGUGGAUGCAGUGGGAUGUUUCGAGGGAGAAGAUGACUUUGAGGAGGAGACCCACGAGGAUGAGGAUAGCAGGGGUUCGCAGCCCGAUCAAAGAGCAGUCCCGCAAGAGCAUGUGGGGGACUACGAAGCGUUUGAUUCUGAAACACAAUACGGUUCAAGCUUUGUUGUCCCAGUGGCUGGUUUCCUCUGCAGACUGUGCCAUAAGUUCUUCUAUUUCGAGUCCACGGCCAGGCACUUUCACUGCAAGUCCCUCAUACACUUCCAGAACUUACAGAAGUACAAAGCCUUGAAGAAUCAAGAGCUCCGCUGCGGAGGACAUGAGGAUAUGCAGCCGAACAGUGGGGGACUCCCCUGACUUGAGAGAAUACAAAGUGGUUAUCCAAGUGAAAAAUGACUGUACAAAUGACUGCAACAUGGCUAGGGACAACACACAUCCCUGUGGUACCUCCUUUACCACAAUCAAGAUGCAUCCUGUUGUCUCUACUCAGGACAAGGCAGAGCAGGACAAUAUCUCCACUGCCACUCAGCAGGUCUCAGAACAGCUGAACUCAGACUCCGUAUUGCCAAAUACCUCCGUCGCUGUCCAUAGGCCUCAAUCCACAGCCUCCUUCUGGCUCAAGCUGUGGAUUGAAGAACACGGUGAAGCCGUCUCCAUGCCAAAGCUGCCAAAGGUCCCAACCGAGCCUCCAGGAGUAUGGGCAUGAUGUGACUGGAGAAAAAUGCUCCUGCAGAGGUGGAUGUGCUCUUGCUUUGCAUGCAGGGCAACAGGAAACAAACAUGAGCAUACCUCAAACUGCAAGCGAGCCACUACGAGGCAGCCUCUUGGAAAGAGAGCAUUUGGAGCAGGGGAGCUCCGCGCUGUUGAUGCCACAUAUACUCGAACAUUUGGUGUGUGUGCGAGUUUGAAGUCGCCCAAGAUAAGAUUUCACAGACAAAUCCUGUUUGGUUACAGUAAAGUAGGCCUAGUUUAGUUUGAAUGGAAUCAACAGUUUGUGUUACUAUUUUAUUAAGUGAUAGCAUUCAUAGUAUUGCAAGGGAUCUCCUAUCACAGUGAGUGAGGCCAUAUUAUGUUUUUUUUUUUAAAGAAAGUGCCUCAGGUCUUUGACAAUUUCUAGGGCCUUCCUCUGACACCGCCUGGUGUAGAGGUCCUGGAUGGCAGGCAGCUUAGCCCCAGUGAUGUACUGGGCCGUACGCACUACCCUCUGUAGUGCCUUGCGGUCGGACGCCGAGCAAUUGCUGUACCAAGCAGCGAUGCAACCAGGAUGCUCUCGAUGUUGCAGCUGUAGAACCUUUUGAGGAUCUGAGGACCCAAGCCAAAUCUUUUUAGUCUACUGAGAGGAAAUAGGCUUUGUCAUGCCCUCUUCACGACUGUCUUGGUGUGUUUGGACCAUUCUAGUUUCAAUUCCGACUUCAACUGUAUGGGCCACACCUGUUUCCAUCUAUUCUUAUUCUAGGAUUUGCAGUUCGCUGUAGCUUAUGCUUUGAGGUGAUCAACAUUAUUGAUGCUGGUUUGAGAGAGGGUGGAUUAAGUUAUUUUAAGCUAGGUAAUUAACUAAAUAUAUCAUCUGAUGCAUGCAUUUCAUCUUGUGACUUGCAUUACCAUGCUAGAGGACACACUUCGGCAAAUCAGUAUAGAACCUUUCUGUGUUUGCAAACAUUUAUACACAAGGGCGAUCGGUGCAAGUUGGUGGCAGAACAAGGAGAUAUUUGGAUUUUAAGACUCGUAUGAAUCAAUGUCCUACUUAAUAUAAUGCGUCAUCAUCGCAAAUCAUCUGCAUUAUACUUAAACACUUUACAAUCUUUUUUUGUGUGUUAUUUCUUACAUUAUUAGCCCAGAUAGUUUUUUGAUAUCAGAGCAGCAGUAACUCACCAGCAUUACGACCACAAAUACGACUUUCCCGAGUUGGAUCCUUCUCCACCGGCAGAGAAGAGGUAUUCGGGGUGGACUUCUAGUCAGACUCAGGAGGCGUGCACACCAUCCACUACUUCCGAGUAUAUUACUCGCUAAUGUUCAGUCUCUGAACAAUAAACUAGAACCGUUUAGGGUGAGGAUUGUUUUCCAGAGUGACAUCAGGGACUGUAACAUACUGUUUCACAGAAUCAUGGCUCUCUUGGGAUAUACUGUCCCCGUCCAUACAUCAUCAUACAUCAUGCAGACAGUAAUGAAGAACUCUCUGGGAAGAAGGGCGGUUGUGUAUGUUUCAUGAUUAACUACUCAUGGUGUGAUUGUGAUGACAUACAGACACUCAAGUAAUUUUGUUCACCUCACCUAGAAUACAUCACAAUCAAAUGCCGACUGAAUUAUCUCCCCAAGAGAAUAAUCUUCGGUUAUAGUCACAGCCAUAUAUAUUCCCCUUCAAGCCGAUACCACGACGGCCCUCAAGGAACUACACUGGACUUAAUGCAAACUGGAAACAACAUAUCCUGAGGCCGCAUUUAUUGUAGCUGGGGAUUUUAACAAACCAAAGUUGAGGAAAAUGCUACCGAAGUUCUAUCACCACAUUGUAGUAUUUGCUGUUCAUUGACGUUUGCUCAGCCUUCAACACCAUAGUACCCUCCAAGCUCAUCAUUACGCUCGGGGCCCUGGGUCUGAACCGCCCCCAGGUGGUAAAGGUAGGAAACAACAUUUCCACUUUGCUGAUCCUCAUCACAUGGGCCCCACAAGGGAGAGGGGGCUGACUGUGUGGCCACGCACGACACCAACUCAAUCAUCAAGUUUGCAGACGACUCAACAGUAGUAGGCCUGAUUUCCAACAGUGACGAGACAGCCUACAGGGAGGUGAGGGCCCUGGCGGUUGUGGUGCCAGGAAAAUAACCUCUCUCCUUAACGUCAAUAAAACUAGGAAGCUGAUUGUGGACUUCGAUGUGGAUGCACGCCACUAUCGACGGGACCGCAGUGGAGAAGGUGGAACGCUUCAAAAUCCUGGGCGUACACAUUAUCUGAAAUUAAAUGGUCCACACAGACGAUUUCAAGAAAGUGUUUUACUCAAUUGUUUCGAUCAAUGUUGAGCUCAUCCGCAAUGUGAUGAAUUAUAAAUAGUAAUUUCUAUUAGCUAAUUCAUAUUGUGGUUUCUGUCAGCUGAGGGUUAGCUAAAUAUGACUGCUUGUGCUACUUCAAUCUUUCCUUAGUUAGCGCUAGGACUAAUGUAGCCUACAUUUUCCAGUUUGGAUGAUUGUGUAUGCUGUUGCUACUUUUGUGAAUGUCUGAACAUUGGAUCCAAAAAUAAACUGGUCACGUUCACGAUA